AUGCUAUUCGAUCAUGUGGCCGAAGAACAACAGGAGAAGAGCUUCACGAUCUGGGUGCAGGCCCUUCUGCGAAACUCACCAGAGCAUCUGGCCAUGCAUCUCGCAGCAACACAUCGCGCCGGAAAACCGAUAGCAGCGUGCCACUGGAAGAAUGGCUCUUUCAAUAUCUGCUACAGGGUCAAGUACGACGACGGAUUCCAUGCCAUCGUUCGAUUCGCCGCUCUAGGGAGGACUAUCUACCGUAAAGAGAAAGUUGAUAACGAGGUUGCCGUCAUGAAAUACUUGCGUCAAUACACUUCCAUCCGGGUUCCUGAUGUUCUGGGAGCUGGGACGUGUUGGGCAGGGCCCUAUAUUGUCAUGUCUUUCGUCGAAGGAGAAUCAUUAGCCACAUUGCUCAGGGACCCGCUCCAAAAUGGCCGACCAGUUCUGAAUCCUCAGAUAAUUGAUCGAGCCGUGAAAAGAGCCUAUCGGGAAAUGGCUGAGCUGCACCUCCAGCUAUCAAAGCAAGAGUUUCCGCGAAUUGGUGCACUGGAAUAUAACGGAGAGGGUUUCACCGUCACCAAAAGGCCUCUAACUUACAAUAUGAACCAACUGGCAACUUCGGCAAAUCUCCCACCUCAAGCAUUUCCUACACACCCUUUCGACUCUGCGAACGACUACUUCACAUCACUUGCCAAUCAGCAGUUCUCUCAGCUCCAGCACCAGCGUAAUGAUGCAAUCGCCGAUCAAGAUGACUGCCGAAAGAAAUACGUGGCCCGGUGCUUAUUUCGGAAAACUGCGCAUAACGUCUCGACGGAGCAUUGCCACGGCCCUUUCCGUUUGUAUUGCGACGACUUCCGACCGUCUAACGUCCUUGUUGAUCUACAAAAUCUUCAUAUUACGGGUGUCGUCGAUUGGGAAUUCACUUAUGUGGCCCCCGCUGAGUUUGCGUACAUCGCGCCCUGGUGGCUUUUGCUCCAAAGCCCAGAGGACUGGGAGUCUAACCUCGAUGAAUUCGUGGAGCGGUUUGUGCCACGCCUUCGUCUCUUUCUCGACGUUCUCCGCGAAUGUGAAGAUGAGAAGGCGAAGGAAGGAAAUGGCAUCCUAGCAGAUUCGCAACGUCUGUCCGAGCGUAUGGAACGGUCAUUCGAUACUGGGAUGUUCUGGGUCUGUCUUGCCGCGAAAUAUAGCUCCAUGUUCGACGAAAUAUACUGGACCUUUAUCGACGAGAUGUACCACGGACCUUUCACAUCGAUUGAGGAUCGAAUUGGACUACUGAGUGAGGAGGAGAGACUGAAUCUCGAUGAGUUUGUCCGUGCUAAGGUGGAACAUAUUGCAGAGGGACCUCUGGAGAUAUACUAUAGUGUGGACAAUUUGGUGGACCUCUGA